AUGGAAAGAACUGAAUUAGUGUCAGAGCUAAAGAGCUGGUACCGUGGUGAGGGUCUGGAUGAGACUCAUGCGCUGAUGACCAUCAUCCCAGAAGAAGUGGAGAUCAGUGAAGUUGAAGAAACCCUUCAAACUCUCAAAUGUUUAGGAUGGGUGUGUGUCCGUGGGAGGAAUUUCAGUGCAAGACUAAACCGACGGAUGGUCUUGUGUGAGAGCAGAGAGACUGUUAAGGAGGAGACUGUUCCUCCUGAAGUUGUGCCUACUGAUGAUGGAGAGGCGUGGCCUAUUAUCAUCAUAGGAGAGGCGCAGGCAGCCGCUGAAGAGUUUAAUACUAAACUAAAAGGGUUGCUGCAGGCUGAAGGAAAGACAAUGGAGGACCUUAAAUCAUUAUUACCCAGUGCACCCCCGCCCACUAGUUCCACUGAAUCCAUCCUUCGUGCCGUCAGAGAUUUGUUGGACAAGACAACAAAACCAGCUGAUGGUGGGAGUUAUUGUCGACUACGCAUGUUCUCAGGAGCCCUACCAACCCCACUAGGUGAGGAACCCUUUGACCAUUGGCUAGAACAAGCAUGGCUUAUGGUGGAGGAGACUGAAUGCUCUGAUAGAGAGAAAAGACGCAGAUUAAUGGGAAGCUUGAAAGGGCCUGCGCUAGAAAUCAUAAAGGCAGUGCGGCACACCAACCCUGAUGCCAGCCCAAAGGAGUGCUUGGAAGCCAUCGAAAGUACCUUUGGAAGUGCUGAGUCUGGAGAUGAUCUCUACUUCGCAUUCCGAUUGAUGCAACAGCAAAAAGGAGAGAAGUUAUCAGAUUUCCUCAGACGUCUAGAGCGGUCUCUAGCUAAGGUGAUUCAAAGAAGUGGCCUCCCUGCUAGCUACAUGGAUAGAGCCCGAUUGGAGCAACUGCUGAGGGGUGCUACAGCCUCAGACUUGAUGCUGAUCCAGCUGCGCUUGAGAGAAAGAAAGGCAGCGCCCCCAAACUUUCUGCAGCUUUUGACUGAGAUUCGUGCUGAGGAAGAGUACGAAGCUUCUAGGAAGAAGCUCAGUGCCUCAGUACACCAAGUACAUGCUAAUCCAGAAGUGUGUAUAAGGCAAGCUGAAAUCCAGAGCUUAAAAGCUGAAAUAAAAGAGCUUAAGUCAAUGGUUGCCUCAGUAGUGACCAAAUCAGCCCAUGUCAAAGAUGAUUACAUAGAGGAUACACCCAGGAGUACACCACCUGGCCCAGAGAACCGCCAGGACACCGAGCUGGCUGCCUUGAAAAAACAACUGAAAUGA